CCUCGAAUCCAUAAGCUCCGGAGCAUAUGGCGUCUGCUAUAAGGUGCUGGAUAUGGCGACAGGACAGAUAUGUGCGGUGAAGGCCAUCAAGCAGGCGCAUGAGGACGCUCAGGUCAUGCGGCUGACACUGCGGGAGGUCCAAGUGCUCCGAGCGCUGCCGCCGCACGUCAACAUCGUGUACAUGCGGGAUGCCUUCCGAACGCAGGGCGGCAGGGUUUACCUUGUGUUCGAGUUCGUGGAGGGAAGCCUACGUCAGGAAAUGGACCGCCAUCCCAAUGGCUGCUUGCCCGGCCCUAUGCUCAAAAGCGUGGCAUGGCAGCUGCUUCAUGCCAUCGCCCACUGCCACGAUCACGACAUCAUGCAUCGGGACAUCAAGCCUGCAAACAUCCUCCUCACCG